UAUGUCGGUGUCCAACAUGUCGUCGGAAGGAAAUAAGUACAAAGUGAUCGUAAUCGGCGAUCCUGGAGUUGGCAAAACGGCGCUCACGUUUCGGUUCUGCGAGGGUCAAUAUCGGGACAAUCUGAAAGUCACGUUAAAUAUCUGGGAUACUGCAGGAAUGGAACAAAAUCGCAUGGCGCUUACCUCACACUAUUAUAGAAAUCUAAACGCAGUCAUAUUUGUGUACGACGUAACCAAGCCGAAAACUUUUGAGAAUUUGAAGCAUUGGUUAGCCGAAGUCGAAAAAGAGGCUUCCGAAGAUGUUAUCAAAGUACUCAUAGGUAACAAAUGUGAUGAAGAAGCCGCCGUCGACCGACAACGAGCGCAACAAUUCGCAGAUACACACGGUUUACCACUAUUCGAAACGUCCGCAAAACUGGACGACGAAAAAGACAACAUUGAAGGUGUCUUCCUUACAAUUGCGCACAAACUCAAAUCAAAUUCGCGUCUGGUGGUUAAUCUGAAUGCCUUACAGCUUGCCGACACACCUCCCGAACAACCACAAUCCGGCUGCAGUUGCUAAUAACAUCAUUGCACUAUUGUCUAAUCAAUGGCAUUAUGUAUUCAUAUUGUGUAGGCUCAUAUUAACAAAAUAUUUUAUCACUUUCAUUACAAAACACGAUGCGUUAUAGAUGUACACAUCGAAAAAACUAUUGAAAAACGAGUUGCGUUCGCCGCAUAUCAUACUUCCAGUAAAAUAUAUAAACAUCUUAAACAAAAAUGUCUUGUGGUUUCACUUAAAAGAAUGCGAAAAUGUACAAGUAGUAAGAAUUAUCAUGCCCAUGAUCGCGAUUCACGUCCAUCAUCCAAUGAGCGCUCUUCUCAAUCACCUUCGUUUGCCGUCGGUGCCUCGUCUGGUAAACAUUAAUUAAGGAUAAUAAAUAAUAUCAAUCAGAAGAUAGAAAAAAUGUUCUAGUAUUAUGAAAAAGGAUAUUGUUUUUCACGCAGUUCCAUACGGUCGUGGGAUCGUUCACGUUCACGUGCAUACGGUGACAUUUCCUGAGAGGAACAUUUUUACUGAAUAAGAUUUAAAUAUAUUUGUGC